AUGAGCUCAGGAAGGUUGGGCCACAGUGUAUCUGAAGGUGUCAAAGAAUCCGAAGCCCAACAUGAUUCAGCAUUCUCUUCAUUCAAGACACGCAUGCCAGACCUGGAAUUGAACCAAACGGCCGAUGAGAGAAUUGAGCGAUUCAAGCAUCAGCUACUCAUGGAUAUGGGAAAUGCGACAUUUACCAAGGAUGGAUGGAAGAUGCAAUUCAUGCCUGAAUGGUCAACUGGGAAACUAUCUUGA